CCACCUUCGAUCCUCUUGUUGGGAGCAGAGGACUAGAAGGUUCUGUUCGCUCCUCCGGUUUAGUCGUGUCUGUGGAACCCGCUGGAAGAGACAAGUGACCCGGACAGAGCGAGACACCGGCAAUGGCAAGUUUCAACAAGGGACCAGCGUACGGACUCUCCGCGGAGGUCAAGAACAAGAUUGCCCUGAAAUAUGACCCGCAGGUGGAGGAGGAUUUGCGACUCUGGAUAGAGGAGGUGACUGGCAUGAGGAUUGGUGACAACUUCCAGGUGGGCCUGAGAGAUGGCGUCAUUCUCUGCCAUCUCAUUAACAGAUUACAACCAGGCGCAGUAAGGAAAGUAAAUGAUGCAAAAAUAAACUGGCACAAGCUGGAAAACAUUGGAAACUUUAUUAAAGCCAUGCAGGAAUAUGGGAUGAAGCCACAUGACAUUUUUGAAGCAAAUGACCUAUUUGAGAAUGGAAAUAUGACCCAAGUUCAGUCGUCUUUGAUAUCCCUGGCUGGUUUGGCAAAAACAAAAGGCUUUCCCACCACAGUAGACAUUGGUGUCAGAUAUUCAGAAAAGCACAAGAGACAGUUUAAUGACGAUAAACUAAAAGCUGGACAGAGCGUUAUUGGUUUACAGAUGGGAACAAACAAAUGUGCAAGCCAAGCAGGAAUGACGGCCUACGGUACAAGACGACAUUUGUAUGAUCCAAAGAUGCAGACUGAUAAACCAUUUGACCAGACGACAAUCAGUUUACAGAUGGGAACAAACAAAGGUGCCAGCCAGGCUGGUAUGUCUGCACCAGGAACAAGACGAGACAUCUAUGAUCAGAAAGGAAUUCUUCAGCCCAUCGACAACUCCACAAUCUCACUACAAAUGGGCACCAAUAAAGUGGCAUCUCAGAAGGGAAUGAGCGUAUAUGGCCUUGGCCGGCAAGUGUACGACCCCAAAUACUGCGCCGCCCCCACAGAACCAAUCAUACACAAUGGCAGCCAAGGGACCGGCACAAAUGGCUCAGAGAUCAGCGACAGCGACUAUCAGGCAGAAUACCCUGAAGAAUACACAGGAGAGUACCCAGACGACUACCCUAGAGAUUACCAUGGCCAGUACAGUGACCAGGGCAUAGAUUACUAGGUCUAUACAGUCUCCUCAGUAUUAGUUCUUAUUUUAUUCAAUGAAGACCAAGCUAGCCUUGUGUAAUUUUUUAUUUUUUUCUGUCUUCCUUAAACACUACUAUGCUUUAAUAUGGAAAAACAAAUUGCCUUAUGUACAUUCCUUAUUUCAUCUCUGCCUUGUAUCCCUAGUUGCCUUCUAGUGCUGAGAUUGAGGUUACCCGGCAGCAUUACCAGGAACUGCAUAUGAAGUAAAAGGAAUACUGUGAAUACGGAAGGGAGAUUUGUACAGUCAGUUAAGGACUAUGCAUUUUACUGCGAUACAUAUCAUAUUGCAUCCUACGUUCAUAAGUCUACAUAAGUUCUUGUAUUUUUUUUUAAUUGCCAAUGGCUAAGGUAACAUUUUUAACUAGUUUUCUAUUUCCAUAGUGUAUUUUAGGUGGUUUUAAGUGAUGUAGGCAGUAGCCAUGAUGUGAAGUGAGCAUUUUCUUUGGCUAAAUGUUUUUUUAUUACAAAAUGGCUGCCUUAACUAGAUGGUGUGUUCUUACCAGAUACACUUUAACUAUUAGUUGCCUUAGCAGAGCUCUGAUCUGCUUUUUUUUUUUUUUUCCUGCCCACGGGACCACAUGUACUGCACAGGAAGAAAAUUCUGGAAUAAUGUUCCCAGUAGUUUGUAAAUGUUUAUACAUUCGGUUAUCUCCCCACCUAGAAAAUUGCAGACAUCAGUCUUGUUUAUAGCUGUGCUGUCUGAGAGGUGCAAUUUGUGAGGAAUAUUUUGGUGGUGGUGAUAUUGUCCUUUUGUGACUGGCUUUCCUGUCUGUCCGAGGCUUUGGGUGCAACAGAUUAGUGAUUGUUCAGUGAAAAUGGUGGUUAGGGGAAGAGGAGGAUAAAUAAAACGAAGUAAGGAAAAUCUGCAGUGGGUGGCUCUUAAAGUCCUCCAACAUGGUGGUUUGGGUAAAGCUAAUGUCUUCAUUUGAACUGCGCUGUACCUCCCAAGGACCCAUUCCCACCACUGCAUGGGGACAUUUUCUACGUGCUGCAUUAGUCCUGCGAGGUUCUAAUUCAGUAAGUUAAAUACAAAGUUAUAAAAAUGAUGGCAUCUAUCUCUACUGUAAAUGUUGGUGAGACUGAUCUCUAGAAAAUAG